AUGCGAGGGCCGAGGGCAGCGCAAGCCCGAGAUAGAGGCCUUGCUCAGCCGCGUGGUCCGGCGUUAGGUAUAUCCGUGAUAACACACCUGCGCGGAACACUCCUGUCCAAAUCACCUACCCAUGCCGUCGUCGACGUCGGGGGCGUGGGGUAUGGCUUGGCCAUAUCCCUGAUAACGUUCGACCAACUACCUCCAGCCUCCGAGGCGGUCCAUUUGUCUACCUAUCUCUACGUGCGCGAAGAUCGCAUGGAGCUUUUCGGCUUUGCCGAUGAGGAAGAGCGGGAGGUCUUCGAGUUGCUCAUUGGCGUUUCGGGCAUCGGCCCUUAUUCGGCGCUAACUGUGCUGUCGGGCAUGACCCUGCGAGACUUGCAGGAAGCCAUCUUACAGGAGCGCGUAAACGAACUAACGGCGAUCAAGGGCAUUGGUCGCAAGACCGCCGAACGUUUGGUGCUCGAUCUAAAGGACAAGGUCCGUUUGAGUGCUCCAGCGACCGGCGAAGCGGCCUUGGAGACCCACGCUGGCGCGAGCGAGGAGGCGGCAAAGGCACUGAUGACGUUGGGAUAUGCAGCACCUGCCGCUCGCCAGGCGGUGCGCAAGUCCGUCGAAAAGCACACGCACCGACCUGAGCGUACAACAGCUAAUCAAACUGGCCCUUAA